AUGUCUAAACAACAGGCACAAAAUGUUUACUCUGGAAUGGAUAGACCGUACUACUCCACGACACCACUGGAUGGGAAAGUCUGUGGACCAAGGCUUAGUGCAGACCUACCGAAGAGCCAACAAACUACACCCCUCUCUAAGCUUGCAUGUGAGACAAAACUACCCCAAUGCGUUCGUAUCACCAAGACCUUUCUGGCUUCGGGGUGUCAUUCCAAGUUUAAGAAAGGGGAUGUUUUUAUGCUUCAUUUUGUGUAUGCAAAACCGGUAAUCCACGCAGUCGAUACAAAGACAGGGAAGGGUUUGCGUCUACCCCUCUACACCAGACAGGAAUUUGAGAUACUACCUCUAGAUCCUUUAUUGGACGACAAGGUGUAUGAUGGAACUGCAUCGCUCAUCGACGCCCAGCCCUUGCCCAAGGUGGUGCGUGUGGUCGAUGCUCACUGCUCUACGUAUCCAGACGAACAGCAAUCAACCGAUGACAUCAUUGAGAUCCAGUACAUCGAGGUCGACAAGGUGCUGGGCAAGGUUCUUGUGGGAAAGCUGACCGAUCCGUUUUCGCAGCAUUCUAGUCGUUUUCGCUUUUCCAAAGAAAUGACGUUUUCAUCAUAUACCACUAUGGUUGUACCGGAAUUUCAACGACUGUCACAACUAAAAUCUCACGAUUUUCCACAGCGAGUUCGGAUUCCAGAUACGAGUGAUGGACGGAGAAACAGAUUGUCCGAACGAGUUCUGAGUCUUAUCGAUUACUGCGAGGAGGACUGCAUCCUGGCUACAAGAAGCGGAGACACCAAUGUGUACUGCUUACCCCUCUCUACACCUAUCUCCCUGGAACGCACCCCUCUUCCUGCCGAGAAGCAGGUAACUUCUAUGCUAUUACCGCUGUACGCCAGUAUCAACACAACGUGGAAUAUGGUUGACCCCACCCAAGGAGGGUUACCCCAUCUUUUAGAAGAAAUUCCACAACCAAUAGCAGAAGUGCUUGUGCCAUGGCUGGCAAGUUGGGAAGGUAAACGUCGGAUAGAAACUGUUAUGCCCAAGUACGAUGUGCAACGAAGGAAAUCAGAUGAGGAAAAAGGUGAAAAGAUCAAGCGCCUGGAGUCUACCAUAGAGACCUACCAACGCGAGUUACGCAAGGCUGGGUUGAUUGACACUCCCCCACCUCGGCCGCCACGAUCUGGUGGACGAGGUACCGAGACAUUGGCGCCAUCUAUUACAGCCGAGCCGCUCCAAUCUCUAAAGGCGCUAUCACCUCCUACCGCGAUAGACUCUCGAGCACAGCUCUCCGAGCCGAAAUCUAGUGCCAUUAGCACGCCACAAACGAAGAAACAUGAGGAUGACGACGAUGACGAGUAA